AUAUUAGCAAAGUUUCACGCCGUGAAUUCAAAUUGGCGCUAUUUUAGUUCAUUUCCUCCCGCAUGUAUCGCUGUAGUCGCAUGUCUCGAACGACAUCAGGUAGAUCAUUUUUUAUGCAUUGUAAUACUAUAUCAUCUUAUUAGAAUCGAUUACGUCAAGUUAACCUUGAAAAACUAUAACAAAUGUACUCGAUUACAUCAGUCUUAUCGAUAUAUCAUCGAAACAUUUAAAGUUAUGAUCCAAAAUGAUCGCUGAAGGAAUUAUAAAUUACGUUUUAGAAAAAAGAUUAGAAAAGAUCUUGAGUAUUUAGUUUUGUCUAAUAAGACAGAAAAGAAGUUUUAAAAUGUUUCGAAAGAAUCAAUACAAACGUUGGAGCGAGCCUUCGUUAUGCAGGCGUCAUUUUUCAUAUUUGCCAGCGACUUCGGAAGAAGAUGAAGUAUUUCAACAGCGUGGAACUUCUGGAGAGGAACAUCACUCGAUGGACUGUUGUUUAUGUUACGAACAUUGUAAUAAGAAAAAGUCUUCCAAGUAUUUAAUCAACGACAAUAUCAAGGCAAGAUCGAACAGAUUACGUUCGCAACGAACAAGGGAGAACAUGGAAUUAAGGUUGAUUGGAAGUCAGGUUGAGGAAGCCUUAGCUGAUGACAGACAAGCAGUUUUAAUGCAACAGUUGGAUUUGAUCAGUAAUGCACUUGAGGCAUUAAUCCAUUAUAUACAAUCCUUACAAGUAACCAAUCAAGCUGCUCAAAGGGUGAUGGAUGUUGGACAAUUGUUAAUUAGUACUCGUAUUACUUUGGUUGAUAACUCAACAACAAAUUUCAAAUCUUUAGCCGAACAGCUUCAACAGGUAGACAAGUUUGCAAAUAGUUGACUUAUGUAUAAAAUUGAUGUUUUGUUGAUUACGCUGAUUAGAUGGAGAGUAAAAAGGAAUAUCGAAUAUCAUUCUUACGAGAUUUAAGCGAACAUUGUUCUAAGAGUAUAACAAUGUCUAAACAAUUGCGUAUUUUAAUGGAGGAACAUAAAUCGAGGAAAGAAAAUUUUUCCAUAGCUGCAAAAAAUUUUCAACAUUUUCUUAAUACAUCGAAAUUGUCGGAAUUGCAAUUAGAAAAAUUACGUUGUCAAUACAAUUCUAUUUUAGAGGAUUAUCAAGAAAGUAGACAAAUUUUGGAUGUAAGAUUGCCGAAAGUAGUUAACGCGUACGUUAAAAAAAUAACUUUGGUUCUUGUAUUUUGAGGUUGAAUCUUCCUACAUUGAAUCCCUUAAUGCUCCCAAGUUUAUGUUAGGUGCUGUUUUUUUAAUUGCAGACGAUUGGUAACACUGCACGAAGGUUUCGGAAGGAUCGUAGAAUUUUUUAACGAUUUGGAUUAUUUCAAAGAAAUUUCCGCGAUAUUUAAACGAUUAAAAGACUAUUUGUACGUCGAGGACUUAGGUAACUAAAAGAAAAAGAAUACAUCAUAUUUAAUUGAUAACAUAAUCGUAAUUUAUAUUUCAUGCAGUAAAAGAACACAGCAUGAUUGCCGCGGAAAUACCGGAAAACGUAGAAACGUGUCAAUUGUGUCAAACAACAAAUCGCGUUGAUAAAAAAUAAUAAUAAUAAUGUUAACAAUAAUCGCACGAUAAAAUUUCAUUCCGAUGCUUCCUCGAACGUAAAUCAUCAGUGAAAAACGUCGUAUACAAAUUGUAAACGGUUUGGGAAGCCUUAUUAUCAUCUCAAAGUCAGUUUAAUCCUCUUACAUGCAAGAACGUGUCAAGGUUUGUCUGUACCCUGAUCAUUUGAUAAACUAAAAACUCCGUUAUAAUCCAUAGAAGAAAAAAUCUAAUAGUUCGCUUUAAGCCAGAAAAUAAAACCAAUUUGUAUACGAGAUUAUACAAAUUUCUACCUAUGUAAUGCGUUAAUAUUCGCAUAAAUAAAGAUUUCAUUCUA